CCCCCCAUGUUCUCUCUGUUCUCGCGUUCUCCUUGCAAGAUACAGCUCAGCACUCGCAAUAGGAAAAAGAAACCACAAGGCAGGAAGCUCCUUGUGACUUGCGCCCUGCCCACGGAAAGGGGGGAAAAAGAGCCUGGGUGUAUUUCCCUCUCGGGACGACUCUCAGCUCCCACUAAGAGGCCACCUCUACAGAUUGCCACGAGAGGUGGCUGCCAGAGUCACUCUCACAGCUUCUGCAGUGUGGGCCUGUCACAGCCUCCGGAGGAAGCAGGAGCAGGAUUAGUCUCAUUUACACAACACCAUCGACCCGUGUGCGGCACUUUACAAAGGACAGAGAGCAGCCCUGCUGAGCCUCAGCGGAGGAGCAUGGAGGAGCAGCCGGCACGAGAGCAGCUAUCCCGGGAUGGCCCUUCCGUUAGCACAGGAGACCAGAAGCUCUUUGGCUAUGUGGGGAUCGAGGCCGUGAUGGACCAGAUGCGGAUCAAGACCAUGAAGACCGGCUUCGAAUUCAACAUCAUGGUUGUAGGUCAAAGUGGCCUCGGCAAGUCCACCAUGGUGAACACGCUCUUCAAAUCCAAGGUCAGCCGGAAACCGACAGGCUCCGGUUACGAGGAAUGCAUUCCCAAGACCUUGCAGCUGCUCUCCGUCACUCGCGUUGUUGAAGAGAAGGGUGUGAAGAUGAAGCUGACAGUGACAGACACGCCAGUAUUUGGGGAUCAGAUUAACAAUCAAAACUGCUGGGACCCAAUCAUCGAAUAUAUCAACGACCAGUACGAGCGAUAUCUGAGAGAAGAGAUACUCAUCAACCGCAAACGGAAGAUCCCCGACACCCGAGUCCACGCCUGUGUAUAUUUUGUGCCACCAACGGGCACUGGUAAGCCCUUCUUGUUGCGCCCCUUGGAUCUUGAGUUCAUGAGGCGGCUCAGCAAGAUCACCAACGUUGUGCCUGUGAUCGCCAAGGCCGACACUCUGACCUUAGAGGAACGUGCAGAGUUCAAACGGAGGAUUCAGGAUGACUUGAAGGCCCACGGAAUCCACGUUUACCCACAGGAGGACUUGGAUAGCGACCCCGAUGACAGGCUUUUGAAUGACAAAAUACGGGAGAAAAUCCCCUUUGCAGUGGUGGGAGCCGACAAGGAGCACCAGGUGAACGGGAAGAAAGUCCUGGGCCGCAAGACGAAGUGGGGGAUCAUUGAAGUGGAAAACCCGGCCCACUGUGAGUUUCCUCUGCUGCGGGACCUCCUCAUCAGAUCCCACCUGCAGGAUCUCAAGGACAUCACCCACAGUGUGCAUUAUGAGCAGUACCGUGCCCAGCGCCUCAACGAGAACAACCUCCUGGCCACGGGCGGCAAGCAGCUGGCCCUGAGCUGCCUCAACGGAGAGUUGGAGAGCCAGCUUUGAGCUGCGGGGACAGCCUGGCCCCUCUUCCUCCUCUCCAGCCUCAACAGACACCCUCCACCAAUAGCUUCAGUGGACUGAUUCCCCUCUCCCUCCCCCCUGAACCCCCCCUCUUCCGGGAACAGCUGGAGCAGAGUUCCUGAGCCCCCAUCUCCUCCAAGCAUAAGAAGCAGCUCUUGACUGUGAAAUCUCAGCCUCGCUGCCGGGCGCCUUCUUGCCCCUUCCUUUCCGUCUGCCUCCUGCUCAGCCUCACACCUCAGAGCAGAAGGACACUGGGAGGGCAAGAGAGCCCAGCGACCCACCUUCCCCCUCUCCACCCUUGGCAUCUCACAUGGGGACACCGUCCUCUGCCUUGGCCCAGCCUCUGCUUCUGAGCCAAGCAGUGCAUGUGGCCCCGGGGAGACCUCCUUGCCGCCUUUUGAGUCUGUCCCCCCACCACCACCUUCCAGACUCCACUGCUUUUUCAGGCAACCCGCUUGUCCCAACGGGCCCUUGCAGAGCCGGCCAAUUUCUUUCCUUAACCCUUCAAUGACACCACACCCAUGUGUGUUUCUUCUAUGACAUUUUUAUCUCCCAAUGUGCUGCCAAUACCAGGACAGUUCUCCUUCGUAUUCGUUGGUUGGCAGAGGGGAGGGGGGAAGGCAGGUAGCAGAGAGCUUUUGAAGGGCCUGUCAUGCAUGAAAGGUUAAGCCCGCCAUCCCUGGGCGCAAAGAAGGAGCCCCAUUUCAGACCCUCCCAGGCUGGGGUUCUAGCAACGGUAAUAGCCCACAUGCGAAAGCAAAGAGAAUCUUCUGGAGAAGUUUCCACCUCCCAGUGUUCCUGCAGGACUUCAGACUGGCUCUUUGGACCACCCUCAGUUUGUAAGAACCAGGGAGGGGGCAUCAUUUGAAGGCUCCUGCAUCAAGCCAGGAGGCCAAUAACUGACUAAAAGCAUCUGUGCUGAUGGGAGCAAAACUCCCUCUUCAUAUCUCUUGCCCCAGAGGAGAGUCUGGGGUUGGGAAUUGAGAGAAGACAAUUUUCCAGCUGGUCCCUUGUUGAUGCAGGAGCAGUACAGGAGAACAGCGCCAUCUCCUGGAAGGAGGUCAGCCUGCCCAGGCUCACGUUUUCAUCCUCCUACUUUUAUACUCUUGGGCAGAUUGUGCUUCUCCAGUUAAUCCAUUAAAGAGCAACUGUAGAAGGUUGUUGGGUUCUUUGGUUUUGUUUUGCCUGGUUGCUUUGAGUCCUUCUCGAGGGUGAAGCUGGGGACCUCUCUCGGCUCAGGGCUUGCCUUUCAGCGAACCAGUAUAAGAUGUUUGGUUCAAGCAGGGCAGCAGGAGAGAUGGCAGAUCAUGCACACACUUUUUACUAUUGGCCGCCUCACAAGGCUGUUCCCCCACCCCAAUUGCUGCUGCUGUCCACUACAGGCCCCUGUGCCUCCUGCCCACUUAAGAAAGAAAGCCAGGUGAUAUUGAGUA